UCAUGACGACAGAGCUAUCUAUUUUUCAGUUUGCGCUCAGUCUAACAAGUCCAGCGUUCUCCAGAAAAAACAAGCACAGAUAGAACAAACGCUCGUGGGUGCCUUUUUCACUCUCCUUUUUUCCUUCCAUAUCCUUUCAAUUUCACUACUCCGCCCAAACGACCAGUACUUUCACAGCGGUAAGAUGUCAAACUCGGUACUCCGAACUCAGACGAGGGAGCGGUUCUACAACCUGCCGGCGGUUAGGCGGCAUCAACAGCAGUUGCAGAGGCAGCAGCAGACAUUCAGACCGUCGCAAAAUGAGAUUUGGAGACCGUUGAACAAGGAGAACCGAGUCAACUCGGACGAUUCAAUGACUGAGAUUCGGAUGGAUUCUGACGAGCCUACAUUGUUGUCGCCGAAGGUUUCUAUAUUGUCUAAUUUGGAUAGGCUCAUGGAGGCGGUCACUCCUUUUGUUCCGGCUCAUUGCUUCUCUGAGGCAAAAUUUAGGGGAUGGGAAACUCGUGAAACAGAUUUGCACUCAUAUUAUUGUCUCAGUGAUCUUUGGGAAUAUUUUAGUGAGUGGAGUGCAUACGGUGUUGGAGUCCCGCUAACGUUGAACGGGAGUGAUUCUGUUAAGCAAUACUAUGUUCCUUACUUGUCAGGCAUACAAUUGUAUGUUGAUCCACAUAGGCCAAGGACUAGUAAGGACAGUGAUGCUGGAAGUAGUGACUCUGAAACAGAUAGGAGAGUAAAAGGUGGUGUUGAUGGAGCUUGGUCACAGCACAACUCAAAGAGUACGAAUAGAUCACAUAUUAGUUCCUCUAGUGAUGAUGUUCAGGUUGACAAGUCAGCUCAGCUGCUGGUUUUUGAAUACUUUGAACAAGAGCAACCACAUCAUCGAAAACCUUUGUAUGACAAGAUUUCAAGUCUUGCAUCUCAAUUUCCAGGGAUCAGGAUGUACAGGAGCUCUGAUCUAUUACCAGCAAGUUGGAUUUCAGUGGCUUGGUACCCAAUAUACAGAAUACCUAUGGGUCAAACCCUACAAAAUCUGGAUGCAUCUUUCUUGACCUUCCAUUCUUUGUCAACACAUUCUCAAACUGGUGCAGGUAAAAAUCAGCUGCAGAAACCUGCUUCUAGCAGUAGGAAAGUCUGUGGUGUUGAAGCAUCUACAAAUAUCCCUCUAUCAGUUUUUGGCCUUGCUUCCUAUAAGCUGAAAGGUUCAAUUCUGACUGCCAAUGGUGCCCAAGAAUGGCAGCAAGCAAGCUCUCUGUUACAAGCUGCUGACAAUUGGCUGCAAUGUUUACAAGUGCAUCAUCCUGAUUUCCAGUUCUUUGCAUCACAUAACUCACAGUGGAGAUAACCAAGAUACCUUAGUUCUCUGUAACUGGUCUUUUGAGUGGUAGUUGGGGAAUCGUAAAGGCUCUGUCGGAAUGAUACUUAGUGACAAAUGAUAUAGCUUACUUAAAACUCUUCAAAGAAGCACCUUGUUUUUCAGCUUUUGAUUCUAGACUGCAUUCAUUGAAUACGAGGUAGCUAUUUUACAAUA